CGCGGCCUCAGCCCGGCCCCGAUGGCGGCCGCGGAGGCGCCGCCGCCCCCGGGCGACGUGAAGCGGGCGGAGGCCGAGGAGUGGUGCGACAGCGGCCUGGGCUCGCUCGGCGAGGGGGCGCUGGGGCCGCUGCCCACCAGCCCCGGGCCCGAGGAACCCGCGGAGGCCGCGUCCCCCAGCGCGGAGCCCGGCGCUUGGCUCCGGCACGUCCUGGGCUUCCUCACGGAGGACGGAGACACGGCGCUGCACUUGGCCGUUAUCCACGAGCACGAGGCGUUCCUGGACUCCAUCCUGCAGCACACGGCGGGCACGGAGUACCUGGACCUGCAGAACGACCUGGGGCAGACCGCGCUGCACCUCGCUGUCAUCCUAGGCCUGGAGAGCUUCGUGCGGAAGUUGCGUGCGGCCGGCGCGGGGCUGGGGGUGCAGGAGCGGGGGGGGCACACGGCGCUGCACCUCGCCUGCCGCGAAGGUCACCCGGCCUGCGCCCGCCUCCUGCUCAGCGGGCACCCCCCUUGCACCGAGCCCGAGGCGAGGGCUCAGCUCGACGGCAUCAACUACGACGGUUACACCCCGCUGCACAUCGCGGUGCUGCGCAAGGACGUGGAGAUGGUGGAGCUGCUGCUGAGCGCUGGCGCCGACCUCAACAAACCGGAGCCCAGCUGUGGCCGCAGCCCCCUGCACUUGGCGGUGGAAGCGCAGAGCCCGGAGGUGGCCGAGGUCCUGCUCUGCGCCGGAGCCGAUCCCGGCGCCCGCAUGUAUGUGGGGUACACGGCGCUGUACAGCGCCCGGCACCGGCCCGACCCCCGCCUGCCCCCCCUGCUGCGGCGCUUCGGGGCGCAGGACCCCUCCAGCGACGAGGAUGGGGACAGCAGCGAUGAGGAAGAGGAGGAGGAAGAAGAGGAAGAGGAAUAUGACGACAUCGUCAUCAACAGCAGUCUCUGCAUGGACUGAACCCCCUCCCCCCAGGUCUCCCCCUAUUUAUCUGGGGGCUCCUACUCUGGCUGCCUG